CUGUCGGGGCCACGGCUGGCUAUCUGCGGAUCUGUUAACAGCAGUUGCUCCUCAAGCCCCGUAACCACGGCAUCCUCGGCCAGCGCAGCUCCCGGCGCCGCGACCCUUCCGGGAACCCUUCAGUGAUUUCCUCGUGACAUCCAGGCGUGACGUGAUAUAUCCGGGGUGUCGGGAUUGUUUUCGAUCGAUUAGAAGGUGACCAUGGAUGGCCUGCCGGUCAGACGUAAGAGGAUAGUCGGAGUGGUUCGAUGCCGUUGAUGGGACACAGUGUGCACUGUUUUAUGUUGGACCCCGUGGUUUUACAGUGAUGUAUGUAAGGGGAAAGGGUGAGGGAUACUCGAGACGUAGGUGAACGGUUUCAUCGGAGUCUAUUUGUAUGUACGACAACGCAUCAUCGCCGAUUAUGGAUUCGAUGGAAUGUUGUCUCUAGUCGUGUUUUGAACCGUAGAUUUGUGAAUUUACUGACAGUAUUGGAACGCGGAUUGUGCGUUCACUGGGGCCUCGAAGAUGAUGGAGGUUCAGCAACAGCACUCGCCGGUUGGGGUUGGGCCCUUGGAUUUUUCGAGACGCGGCGUCGCCGAGGCGUCGGCCUUCAGGAUCGUCAAACCAAAACAGCCGCCAUCCGCGAUGCCUCAUCAGCAAUCCGUCCCACCGGAAACCAACAACAAUAACAAUAACGAAAAUGCACAGGAUAAUCUACAAGUUCCACCAGCAAACGAAGGAGGAUGCAGCGUUCGGCUCGUAUUCCCCAGACUCUGGGCACCCUUUGCUAACGCCAACGAGGUCACCAGCCUCCCGCCACUUCCCCGAAGCCACUCCGAGCGCCUCUCCUUCGGCGUGGGAAGGCUGGUGGGAUCCCCGUCGACCAGGAGUCCGUCUCCGGUUCACUCCCUGUCGCCCGAGUCCCCCGGGGACGUGCGGAGCGGCGAGGGGGCGGAAGACGAGGAGGAGGAGGUCGACGUGGACGUGGAGGAAGUCGGCGACGAGGACGAGCGCGAGGCAACCUCCAGCCCGCCGUCGUCGCCGCAGAGCGUGACGAGGAACCCGGCGACGACGCACCCACCGAAACGGUCAGGUGAUAGCUUCAGCGUUUCGGCGCUGCUGAGGCCCGACCCGCCGGCGACUCACCCGCGGAACGAUUCCCCCCUGAGGAACGGGGCGCCCCCCUCGUCUGGUGCCCCCCCGCCGAUCCUCUACCCACCCUUGCACCUCCAGGGUGCCUCACUCCUGCCCCCGCACCCCCACCCGCACCCCUUGUCCUACCUCCACCCCCACCUCCUACCCCACCACCUCCUGCCCCCGCACCUCCACCCCCUGCUUCGCGGAGUUCAUCCUGGACACCCUGGGCUGCAUUCGGCACAUGCUGCGCACGGGCUUCACCAUCCUCAUCCCCUAGGUGAUGUUUACAGUUGCGUGAAGUGCGACAAAAUGUUCAGUACUCCUCAUGGGCUCGAGGUGCACGCGAGACGAUCGCAUAACGGCAAAAGGCCGUUUGCUUGUGAACUGUGCAACAAGACGUUUGGUCACGAAAUUAGUCUGACCCAGCACCGAGCCGUUCACUCUGCGGAGAAGGUGUUCGAGUGUAAGCAGUGCGGCAAGGCGUUCAAAAGGUCAAGCACCCUGAGCACGCACCUCCUAAUACACUCGGACACGAGACCAUACCCCUGCCAAUUCUGCGGCAAGCGUUUCCACCAGAAGAGCGACAUGAAGAAGCACACCUACAUCCACACUGGUGAAAAACCACACAAAUGCCAAGUUUGCGGCAAGGCGUUCUCCCAGAGCAGCAACUUGAUAACUCAUUCCAGGAAGCACACCGGCUUCAAACCCUUCGCCUGCGAACUUUGCGGCAGAGCCUUUCAGCGGAAGGUUGACCUCAGGCGACACCGAGAGACCCAACACGCCGAUCUGGGUGCUCCGACCCACAGGCCUUCGGUAGGCUCCAUAUCCCAAAACAGCCUUGCAUCCGCAAAUCCGUCGAUGAUGCAGUAAUCGAGGGCCCAGCGUGGACGAGUUUUCAAUUUUAGUCUGUAUAAACGCUAGCAAUUCAUUCCGCGAGGGCGCAUCAUGAUUUCUCUUCAAUUCCAAGAAGCAGUAAGUCGGCGAGAAAGAGAUACGUGUAAUAUAAUAAGACAAAAGAAUUCCAUUCCCGGUUUGUUUUAUUCAAGAAACAAAUACCGAGAGUAUACGCUGAAAUUAAACAGAUUUAGCAUUUCCGACUGCGCAUGCGCAAGCUUUGUCGCAUUUUCACACAGGCUGGCCACCUCAUGCUUCAACUGUCAAACGUGGCUUAACUGAGGUUAUGUAGAUGAUACUGAAGUUUUUAGGUUAAGCAGUUGUCAAAUAGUUUAUAUGGUCAUUCGGGAAGGUUUGGCGAAGUUUCAUCGUCAAGUGAAUGAUGACUGAUUAACGGAUAUGAGUCAUCGUAACGACAUAAUUUCAAUUCGCAACUUGACGCGGCAAAGUUUGUCAUCUCAUGCACUGUUUCGAGUAGGUUGGCUCACUAGCCUUGUUUUCAACUGUUUUAUGCAUGCGCAGCUGAUCACUCAGUCUGCAAUUAAUUUCUUCGCUUUCUCUUGGUGUGUUUCUUUCAUGCCAUAUCGAUUUGAAUUUUGAUCCUUGGUUUAAAUUCGGUUUUACUCCAGCAAAUACGCGCGGGCAGGAAGAGUAGACAAUUAUAAUUGGGAUUAUUCAACUGAUUACGGUCUUGAUAAUCUUCUAAUCCGAUCUUUUAUGGAUUCUGCGUAUAAAUUUGAUUAUUCUCCUAAUACGAUGAUCCAGCCUUAACAGCGUGUCGACAAUUCACUCGUCAUACACCUACAACAAGAUUGCUGUUGUCGCAUGUAUGAAUUACAUCAAGAACUCUUGUUCCUAAGCAAACAUAUUGCAUGUUGCAGUAUAAUGAAUCACCUAAGAAUUCUGUCUUAUCGAUUGAAGUACCGAUCGGUAAUACAGAGCGUGCGAUCAUCGACGAUCAGUCUUGAUGAUAUAAUUAUACGAUCUAUGUUCAAACUAAAAUGAUGAAGUCUGGAAAUAUAACUGUUUCCUACAAACGGUGCAAUGCUUCCAAUAUCAGAAUAGAAAAAACUCCAUGUAAACAGAUUUGAAGAAGUACAGAUUUUUCCGGAACUUCAAGUACCGAAAGAGUAAAAAACAACUAGUACGAUAUUCGAUCAUACUGGUCAUUUCAGUUUGGUAACUUACAUUAAAUACUCACAGUGGAAUCUGAAAGACUAGAAUCAAGACAAGUGAAGUGAGAAAACUGACAAUGCAGAAGUGUUAUCGUUAAUUUUUUAAACAUUGCCUCAGCUUGUAUCAUGUAUAAAAUUGAGUUGUGAAAAGUCUUUUCAGAGACAAUUGAAAAACUUGAAAGUUCCUCUAUUCACGAAUUUUAGUACCUCAAAUUGAACAGUCGAGUUCAUAACGGCCAUCUUUGAAAUCGGACCGUUCCGAGACAGUCAACUUUCUUCUUUUUGACUCCUUGUUUCGCGCAUGAUCAA